CGGAAUAAAACUAGAAUUUAGGAAAAGUCAAGUGAAGUAGACUGUCCAAUAUAUGUAUUAAUAUUCGCCGUAGGUCAUGGUUUUUCAUGACAAAUAGAUCAACUAUCACUUCAUUGUGAUUAAAUGAAUCAAUCAGUGUUCCCAUAUAAAGUGAAAUUUCUUAAUAGUAAAUUGCUAAGUCUUCCGACACAGUCGGGCUAAAUUGAUCAAAUGAAUGUAAAUAAUAAAACAAUAAGUGGUCGGUGUCAAGUGAUUUCUCCGCCUACUGCAGCACCGGAGAUCAUUAUGCGGUUAGCGCGACAUGCGACUUGAGUACUCUAGACUACGGAGUACUUGAGACAUUAUGUCGGGUGAAGGCGAGCGAGCGUCCCGGCCUAACUCCCUCCUGCUGGAGCCGCCUCCCCCGGAGCGUGAGCCGCUACAUUUUGAUGUGCAGCUUGUCGGAGCACCACCGGAAGUAGAACAACUGGUCAAUAAUAUCAAACAAGUUGCUGAAGACUUCCUCUAUCAUUGGAAGACAUUUCCUAUUGUGCUCCCACCAUCACAAUUCACGGGUCCCGGUAACAAACCUUCGGAUAUUAUAAUCGCACCACCAUGCGAUGAGUUGGAUGCAGCAGCGUUGGAUGCAGGAGUGGAACCCCAGCCCUUAUCCCCAAAGCAACUGCAUGCUAUACGAGAGAAAGGCUUGCACAAGGACAAAGUAUUUAACCCGAAGAAGCUAAGUACUAAACAAUUGGAAUCGAUACACGAAUGGGGGUAUGUUGUCAGGGCAACUAUCUAUGGUAUAUGUGCAAUACACGACAUUGGCGCCAAUUCGAUUUGUCAUGUUACCGGCACUGAUUAUUUAAAAACCUCAAUUCGAAUGGAAUUCGAAGUGCCAUCCCGUCACUUUCCUGGUCAGAGUCACGUGUGGCGCGUGGCAGGAUGGCUGCAACGUGGCAGAGCGCGGGCUCGCGAGGAGUUGUACUGUCACGUAGCGAGGGCCGUGGCACUCCUGGUGGUUGUGGCCAGAGACCGCCUGCUUAGAGACGAACCAUUAUCGGUAAUAGGAGGAGGAAAAGCAUUGCUACAAGGACUACAUCGAUUAUUAGAUGUCCUAAUUGGAAUGCCGUCGCUAGAAGCUAGGGAUCUUGAUAAAAAAAUUCGAGAAGAAAGGUCGAGGUACUUGGUGGCGGAACUCAUUUGUAAGCCGGAGGACCAGGAGGACAUAACGGCGCUGGCGGCGUGGGUGUCGCGCGCCAUGCGCCGCGCCGCCAGUGAGAAGACGGACGCGCGCGACGCAUUGCGCCUGGCGCCCCGCGUGCCCUGUGUAUACACCACGCCUCAGAAGACACAGGUCGACCUGCGGCUGUACCGGCGCGAGGUGGCGCGGCGCGCGGCUGGUCCGCUGCAGGCGCUGCUGGAGCGCGAGUCACGCGGCUGGUUCCUGCACUUCCGCGAGCGCCGCGCCGCGCACCUCGCCAGCCAGAAGGUGCCCAUCAAGGACAUCGAGGAGGAGGUGCGCGUGGCUGCGCUGCGGGAGUACGUGACGCGCGUGUGCAGCGCCGUGCUGGCCAGCGAGCCACUGCGCGCGCUCGGCGACGGUGUGCCCGACCUCCUCGCCGCGCAGCUCCGCGCUGCUGUGAUCAUGGACAGAGCGAAAGAGGGCGUGCAACGCAAACUGGAGGCGGGGCUGGCGCGUGCGGAGGCGCGCAUUCUGGCGACACACCCGGUGCUGUCGCGUGCUGGUGCGUGGCGCGCAGAGCGGCUGGCGGCGGCCUCGCGCAGGCUGCGUGCAGACCUCAGCUGGGCGCCCCUCGAGGACGCCGCCGCCGCCAUGCAGGCCCAGCAGCUGCACCAGCACAGAUACUUCCUGCUCAGAGACCUCGCCUUCCUGAGGGACCGCGAGCCCCUUCUUCUCAAGGAGCUGCGCGCCGCUAAGACGCCAACUCGCGAGUUCACAUGGGCCACUCGCAUCUGGCUACCACGAAACUGGUCUGUGGUGCGUCACUUCCGAGGUCGCAGCGAGCGCAUCCCGACAGUGCUGAGCACGCGCGCCACCUCCAUAGUGACGCCGCGCUCCGACCCCAGCCAGCCUGUGUUCCUGGUACACCGCGAACGUCUGCGCCGCACCGCCACGCGCUGGCCCGCCUGGCGUCUGCUCAACCUCGCACACAGGACGUGGUGCUGGGGCUGGAACAUGAUGUUCCUCCUGGGCGUGCUGGUGCCCUGGUACUCGCCGGUGUCGCUGCGCGCGCUAUUGCAAGUCAAGCCUUUUGUAACCGACUACGAGCUUUCUCAGGUAAAUGGUACGCUGUUUCCGAAACGCAGCAGCGAGACGCAGACGAUGUGGUCUCGACUACUGCGGCUCUGGCGACACGUGUCCAAGGAGAGAACACGAUUCGAGACUGAACCUGACACAGGUCUCUUGGGCAAGGGUAUGAGUCGGCAAGCGAAUCGGCUGUGGAACUACGGCGUGGUGGGGGGCCUGGGGUCUUUGGCGCUGCUGCUGGCGUUCCCGAUAUGCGCGGUGCUGUGCUGCCUGCUCUCACUCUGCGCCGCGCUCACAGUGCCGCUUUGGAUGCCCGCACUUACGCUCGCCGUGCACGCCUCCAAUGCCCUCGUGUAUGACCUCGACUGCCCCGCCCCCAAACUCAACAGGUAUUUUGUGCUACUAGAGAUAGUGGUGUGGCACAUAGGGCUGCUGGGCGUGCUGCAGCCGCUGGCAGCUUUGCUAGUGGCCGUGGUGCUCUGUCCACUCGGCGCGCUGCUUUUAUUAGUCGGUGGAGUGAGCUGGUGGGCGGGGCGCGGUGUGUGGGAGGCGGCGGCGUGGCGCGCGGUAAUCGUGCGUGCGGCUCGCGUGCCCGCACACGACUCCGCCUUCUGCAAACGUGUUGCUGGCCCCGGAGUACACACGCGCGCCUGCUAUCAGAUCACUGCGGCGCAGGCGCUUGCGGCGGUGUGUGCACGCGCAGAGCUGGAGGCGCUGGCGGAGUGGGCGGCGGAGAUCGAGAGCGUCAUCGAGCGCCCCCUGCGGGACUACGCGCACUUCGUCGACGCAUGCUUCGGUCCAUUCUCCGUGCAGAUCGCUAAGACCGGUGCAUACAAGGAGCUGGAGAAGGAGUGCAACGAGCUGGUGAUGUCUGUGCGGGAGAAGCUGGCGGCGCGCCGGCGGGACCUCGCGCUCGGACUGACGGAGGCGGCGCGCGCGCGCGUGCGCAUGACCGCACCAGACCUGCGCAAAGCGGUGCAGGCGUCUGCGCACGAGUUGUCGCGUGCGUGGGCGGGGCGCGGCGAGGAGUGGUGGAGCGCGCGCGGCCUCGAGCCCGCAGACUGGCACGCCCUCGCUGCCAACACGCUAGUAGAGGUGUUCGAUGCGGAGAUCCUGGUGGCGCUGGAGGAGGGGGAGGCGCGUCUGUCGCUGGAGGGCGGGGAGGCGGCGCGUGCGUGGGCGGCGCGCUGCGGCCGCGGCCUCGCCCCGCCCGACGUGCUGGCAGAGCGCGACCACUGGCGUCGUGACCCUCACGAACCUCACCCACAUGGUGUGUGGGGUGAAUGGAGCGGCACGCCUGCUCCACGCGUGCCUCCGCCCUCGCUGGAGGUGAGCGCGUUCAGCCCGCGCGCCCCCCUGCAGCCCCCCGUGCCGCACCCCGCUGCAGUCGCCCUCGUGCUGCACAACAGGGAGUCGGACAACACGGUGCCACUCGACUCGGAGUUAUGCGCCGACAUCUUACGCACGCUUGAAGAUGCACCCGACAUAGACGACAGACGAGAUUUGGAGAAAUGCGGCUCGGAAGUGGAGCGGUAUCGCGGCGGCGGCAGUUCCGCGAGCAGUUCGGCGAGCGGCUCGGCGAGCAGUGCGCCGAGCAGCGCCGGCUCUCCUGACGAAGAUCGCGCGGACUGUGCGCACGACACCGCCCUCUGCAGAAUAUCAGGCAGCAGAGAGCGUGCUGCGUGUCGUUGGACGCUGACGGGACGCGGUGUGAGACUGCGUGCAGACCUCGCCAGCCCUGAAGACGUCACACUGGAUACUGACAGACACGUCGGCACUUCUGUAUGAAACCUUAACUAUAUACAUAUAAGGUCGAAGUUACAUCGCAGCUAACAGAAGUAUUUGACAGUCGUCUCUGUUUCUUCAAAGAAAAUGAAAAGAGAUGGAUGUAUUACAAGUGUCAGUGCAGUGUGAGUUCUAAGACUAUACAAAUAAAGUCGAUAUUUGAUCGCAGCUAAUAUGACGCUUAUCUAGUUUAUUGUAAGUAACAAUAUGAAAUCAAACCAUAGAGUAAUAAGCUCUCUUUACUAUAGUUUGGAAAUUGAUGAAAAUUUUUUGAAAUGCCUUAACAUAUUGGCGUUUAAAAAUGUAC